AUCCCGCUACUUUAUUUGCAUAUUAAAGCGCUAUUUCAUGUCCGCCUAUAAUUACGAAGCUGGACCGCGAGGGAGGAGAUCGCGAUCCGACCCUGAAGAGAGAGGAGAAGGAGAAAAAGGGGAUCCAAGGGAGCUUCGGGGAUUUCGGUGUCGGACGACGUUGCUCUCUGGCGCGCGAAGAAGGAAGAGAUCGCGGAGCGGAGAGAAGCGAGAAGCGGAGGAGGUCCGUGCUCUCGUUGACUCCGGCCGGCCAGUUUCAGCCUCAGCGCUGGACCGUGAGCCACGCGGUCUCUGCUCUCUUUCUUCGCUUGCAAAGAUGUGAAAGAUCGACGUGGAACCGUCGAAUCGUCGCGUCGACUUCUCGCGAGAUAUCAAUUUAAAUAUAGAAUGACAGCGCGCGCUUUGGCUCGCGCCGCGAUCGAUCGAGAGAUCGAGCGCGAAAGUGUUGGAAAAUCGAAGACCGGUCGGUCGAGAUAGGACCCUUCGAUUUGAGGAAAAUUCAAUUGCGCGAGUGCGCACCCAAGCGUUGAAGUCUCCGACAUUUCGGGCGAAACGGGCGACGGAAGAUACGUGAUCCGAUUCAUUCACGAUGAUCUAUCAGUCGAGCCACCAAGCGCCCACGAUGUCGUCCACUAGGAAAACGUCUCCCAGACCGCUUCAUCGCAAUCUGCAAGCGUCCCCGGGCAAGUGCGCAAAAACGAAACGUGCGAACGAGCGGACGAUUAAUGACGAGAGAUGCAAGGGAAGAUGCAGGGUGCAGUGGAGCGAGAAACACGUGAAGGAGGGCUUGGUCCUCGUCCAGGAGACGCAGCUCGCCAGAGUGGUGAAGACGGGACCCAUCGCGGAGCAUUACGAGAUCGAUCCAAAACCGUUUGCGAGCGGUCAGUGGGCGAGAGUCUACCGUUGCAGAUCGCGAUCAACUGGAAUACUUUACGCGGCCAAGUACUCGUCUAGAAACCGAUUCAACGCCGAUUGUAGCGCGGAAUUGAGACACGAGAUCGCCCUGUUAUCCCUGUGCUCGCAAUCGCCACGUGUCGUUCGGCUGCACGAUGUCUACGAGACGCCGAAAGAAAUCAUCUUGGUCAUGGAAUACGCGCCCGGAGGCGAUCUGCAAACGCUUAUCGACGGCGAUUUGGUGCCCCUCGAAGGUGACGUCGUACAUUUUGUGCGGCAGCUAGUGGAAGGACUCGCCUACCUCCACGAGAGAAAUAUCGCCCAUUUGGACAUCAAGCCUCAAAAUCUGGUCAUGAUGGGCUCUUUUCCGGACUGCGACGUUAAAUUGUGCGACUUUGAAAUUUCGAGAGUGAUUUUGGAGGGCACCGAAGUCCGCGAAAUUCUUGGCACCCCGGAUUACGUCGCGCCCGAAAUAUUGCAUUACGAACCAAUCACCCUGGCAGCCGAUAUGUGGUCGCUCGGUGUCACGACCUACGUAUUGCUGACGGGCUUCUCGCCUUUCGGCGGUGAAACCGACCAAGAAACCUUUCAGAACAUAUCUUUGGGAGAGGUGGACUUUCCCGAGGAGCUGUUCGAGGAUGUCUCGGUACAGGCGAAGGACUUUGUCGCGAAGCUCUUGGUGCUAGACCCAAGUGCACGAAUGACCGCGAAACAAUGUUUGCGCCACGAUUGGCUGCGUGGCGCCCCGACACAGGCGUCGCCUCACCUACGAAGAUACCUGUCCAAGUCGCGAGAGGUUCUCCUGGAACGUUUCGUCAGCAGGGAGAACCUGAGACGAGCCGCCUUGAUGAGCCAAACGAGUCUCUGCCAAGCGGAUCUCCAGAAUGAGCAGAAUCAUCAGCAGCAGCAUCAUCGACAGGGCUUGCAGGACUGCCUGCUGAGUCAGAGCGAGAUGUGUCUGAGCCACUACCUUACGGGAAGCCGUUCGAGUUUAGCGGGCAGCGAAGACUUUCCCAGCCCGGCAGAUUCCCAGGCCAGCCUGGAUUCUUCCAGGACCAGCUUGAGCUGUGCGAGUCAGAGCUGUUUGCUGAAUCAAGAGCAGACGCGAGGGCUGUUGAGCAAAGCUCAGAGCCGGUCCCAGGCUAAUCUGAAUCAAGGCCUGAGUCGCGGGAUACUCUCGAGGAUACGCAGUCUGAAUCACGUUCAGUCUCAGGCGUGUCUGCUGAAUGGAUCCGCGAUCGGUGCCAUCGCCGCGAUGAAUCCUGUCAUCAGCAAAUCUCGCGAGAAACUGUAUGGUUUGAGGUCCUUGUCGAAGUCCCAAGGUGUCUUGGACAUCUACAGGAGCCUGGAAUGCCUGAAACGUCGAAGGAAGAGUUACCAGCGAGCCAAGACCGAGGAUAUGGCGCCGAUUUUUAAACAACUCGGGGCCGAGAUCGCGUCCUCUAGACUUACACCGUCGACGAGCGACGAUCGUAUAGUCAUUAACGUAACGUCGGAGACUAACUUAACGUCCGAGAAGAUUGAAAAAAUUAACCAAGAUACGCCAGCAAUUUCGGACACGAAGAUGCCGAGUGAUUUUAACGUCGAGAAUCAGCAUAACUCGUGCAUUUUAUCAAAUAACACGAAACGUGAAGAGAAGAGUGUAAAUCAGUUGCAGAUCCCGAAGAAGUUCACCUCGGAAUCCGAGGAAAAUCUAGAUUCCCUGAAGUCCAUCGAGUCGGACACCCUGACGGAAGAUUCCGACGAGAUAUCGUUAAGACGCGAGAGGGAACCCAGUAGUUUAGACAAACAUCCUUGCGAACGUCAACAUUCGGACGUUUCCAGCCAUUCCAACAAUUCAGCGGCGUCCGACGACAAGGAAGAUCGUUCGACGGAAUCGGAGAAUGACGAGCCAAAGUAUACAGUAGCCCAGCUGGUCUCCGCGUUCAACAAGCAUCAAGAGGUCGCUUCGAAAACGAGCCUGAAAGCAAUCAUGUGCGAGAAGCGAAUUAACGAGGUGACAUUUCCGACCGGCACAAAGGCUUUGCGUCUCUUCAUCCCGGACAUUAACAUCACCGAAAGCAAGAUCGUGAGACGAAAGACGAGCUACAAGCCGCGAAAGAAUUGGGAGGAACUCAGAAAACGCAACGAGAAGAACGAAGGUGUUUUGAAGAGCCUCGAUAAUGAUUCCGAUAAAGAGGAUGAGGAUAACGAAAAUGAGAUUCGGGACGAGCUGAACAGGAAAGAGGACCAGGAAGAUAAUAUUGUUGCUGUUUCACAAGAAUUAAUCGGUCAGUCUGAAGAUACGAAUUUAUCUCUGGAUCAUUGGUUGCUUUUGCAGCCCGAAGAGGAUAAUGAACAGUCUAUCUUCAUCGAUACUUCGAGCACUCGAAGCAAUCUCGAUACCACGAUAGAUGAAAAGUAUAAGCAGUGCGUGAAAGGUGCCAUGUCUGGCAAAACGGAAAUACCUGCAAAGAGUGAAAAACGAAAUUUAAAGUCGCUAGAAACGCAAUCUAAGAUUACUACGUCGAUUCGUCAAAAGGAGAGAUUGCCUAAUUAUAUAUAUCCAGACUUAACUUUGAAAGACGAUUCUCAUAAAGAACCUAAAAAACAGACUGUCACCGCGAUUAAUGGAAAAUUCGGACCUAGAAUCGGAUCUAAGAUCGAACGAAACAAAUCGAGUUUUAGUACCGACACCGCAAAUGUAAAUCUGAAGGAUAUUCUGCAGCGAGUGGACAGUUCCCAGAGUACUCCUAAAGAAAAUCUAGAAAAUCUCAGGAAGAGAACUUCGAUCGCGAAGAUUAUCUUAAACGACAAUCUCGGCCACGAUAAUCAAGACGGGACAACAAACUCUCGCGCGAAGAGUGAGUCUUCGACCGACAGUCAGUUGACGAUUCCGCCAUCCUUUAUCAGAUCCUCAUCCUUGUCGAGCGACAGCAGCUGUCCUACGCCGUCCAGCGUGCAAUCCGAUAUAAACGUGUCGUGGGAGGACGUCCAGGUUGCCGCGGGUUCCAGCACUUCUCUGGAGAAAGAGGAUGUCUGCAGAGUCGCGAAGAUGAGCGAUAUCCAACGGACGUUCAGCGAGGGAAGAAACAGACAGUACACGGAAGAACGAAAAGGCGUCUGGGGCCGGAUUUGCACCGGCUCUUACACCAGAGCCAUGGAAAAGUUCAGCGGCAAAAAUAUAGAAGCUGCGAGGAAGUCAACGGGUUCGACGAUCCUCGCGCAACAGACGGAAAAGACUAGGAGGAAGAGCAGUCCUGCGAUGCCGCAGUAUAUAAACCUUUAAGCAUCCUGAUCUUUAGAUGAUUCCUGAAAGUAGAAUAUGCAAAAAUAUAUUGCGAGAUCUAUCUAAAUGUUCCUGAAGAGAUGCGAUCCUUCAGAUCGUAAUGACGUGGAACGGAAGAGUCAGAUCGCGCGAGCAAAAGCGGAAGAUAAUGCUCUUGCGAUCUUGAAGAGUGACCCUGAACGAGGACCUUGGGCAUUAGAAACUCCGCGAUCGGAACGCAGCUUUUAACGACAUGAAUAUACGCGUGUCAGCGGUUCUAUUGAUGAGAGAGCCGUCAUUAACGUCCCACUCGAAUGAGUGUCGACCGGUGCAUGAUGGAUGACUCUUAGCGUUAUCCCUUUGACUUAAUCUUUAUAUUGAGCGAACACUUAUUCGCGCGCGCAAGACAAGAAUAGUAUAAAUGAUAUUUUUAGAAAAAAGAAAGAGGCAUAAUAGAUGAAAUAGUUCUUUCGACAUCCUGAUAUCUAUUUUGGUUACCUUAUGUGUGCGCGCGCUUUCUCUUUGAAUAUUCGUAAACUAUUUUUAAACUUUCUCUCAUGCAUAAAAUAUUUUAAUGCAAUAUUUUUUUGUA